AUGCUGGAGAAGUUCCCCAAGGCCGUGGAGCCCGCGCGGUGGUGGCCGUGCCGCCGCCCGCAGCAACAGCCGAAGAGCAAUAGCACCACCACCCGGUCCAGGAGCUUCGGUCGCCGCGGCGUCUGCACCACCUCCAACGGGUGGAGCCAGGAGCUGGAGGAGGAGAUGCGCGUGCUCCGUGCCAAGGACGUGCACCAGUACCUAACGGUGGGGAAGCUGGUGCUGUCCAUCAACCGCGGCCUCGCCGUGGCGGGGCCCGCGCUGGCCGGCACCGCCGCGGUGGUUGCGGCCUUCAUCGGGACCGGCGACGGCACGUGGGUGUCCGGCGCCGCGGCGGCGUGCGGCGCACUGGAAGCGGCAGUGAACACGGUGGAGCACGGCACGCAGCUGGGCAUGCUGUUUGAGCUGCUGCGCAACUGCGCCGGGUUCUACCGCAAGGUGCAGGAGGACAUCGAGGCCGCCCUAGGGGACGCCGACGUGGAGCGAUGGGAGAACGGGGAGGUGUUCCGGACCAAGGUCGCCCUGCUGUGGGCCGCGACGCGGCAGAGCUCCGGCAGUUCAGAAGGAUGGCGUCAGUGUCGGCGUCGGUGA